AUUUUUUCACUCUCCGUCCCAUUCCUUCCCACAGCCAUAAUCAACCUUUUCAUCUAGCAUCGCCGGCGACCCAUUCUUGCUGAAUAUUUUCUCCCGUAGCUUCCUGGUAUGGAACUGGCUACCUCUUUCAUCUCAGGCUCACAAUUUAGUCUCCUGUUUUCCAAGAAUAUCACUCCACGGUCUCCACCUUUGUUCCCACAUAAAUAUCCUGGAAUGAUCCAGUUUUUCAACUCCCAAUCUGCGUUUCCGGGGAUGACAUCAAAUGGGUAUGUGGGUCGAAGUAGCAGGUUGGGGAUCAACAAUAAUAUUAGUUCUAAUUCAAGUUACAGAAACAGUAGCACUAAGAUAUACACGAGGCAGGACUCCUGCUUGGUCAUUCCUCCAGCCAGAGGCAAGAAACCGCGCGCAAUCAUCAAAUUCUUGGGUGGAGCUUUCAUUGGAGCUGUCCCUGAAGCUACUUAUGGGUACAUGAUUGAGCUUUUGGCAAAGGAAGGAUUUUUUAUAAUCUCUGUGCCGUACAAUGUGACAUUUGAUCAUGCACAAGCUGCUAACCAAGUUUAUGAAAGGUUCAAUGCCUGCUAUGAUAAACUUCUUGCUUCUGGAUUUUCAGAUGCUAAUCUUACGCCUGCCGAUCUUGUUAACCUUCCCGUAUACUGUGUUGGCCACAGCAAUGGUGCCCUUCUCCAAGUACUCACAGGGAGUUAUUUCUGUGAGAAGAUACCAAAGGCUAAUGCCAUUAUCUCAUACAAUAACAGAUCAGCAACAGAGGCAGUUCCAUACUUUGAGCAGUUGGGUCCUCUAGUUAGACAGAUGAUGCCAAUGGUGGAAGCUUUUCCUGUGUAUUCAAUGGCAAGGAGUGCAACAGAUGAUGCUUGGAAGGCAUUGCUUGAUACAGCUGGACAAAUGGUACCAGACAGUGACCAGGAAGCCUUAGUUUCAUUCACCAAAUUUGUUGAUCAGUUGCCCUCAGUUUUUGGCCAGGUAACAGAAGGGAUAUCAGAGUUCAAACCAACCCCUUCUGAGAAUCGUGAAUGUUGUAAGAACUCCUACAAUGUCCAACACACACUCCUGGUAAAGUUCAACUUUGAUACAAUUGACGAGACGGAUCUCCUUGAAGAGACAUUGAAGCCUCGUGUAGAGUCUAUUGGUGGGACACUAGAAAAGGUCCAGCUAUAUGGUAAUCAUAUAACACCAUGCAUCCAGGUAAUGGUUACAAAAUUAAUCUCUUGACCUCCCUCUUUCUUCUCAUCUCCAACACAAGAUGGGUGAUGCUUUCUGCCUUCUAGUUGCCAUAGUAGGAAUAUUACAUCUUCCAUUGAUGAUGGUGAUUGAGUAUUUGUAGCUAAGAAUUUGCUCAUUAUCUCUUCAUUUUUUAUUAAUUAACACUCAAGUAAGAAAAUGAGCUUUUUAUUACUUUUCACGAUAUUAACUUAAGUUCUUGAAAAAGACCUCUUGCUGGUCUAUCUUUCGAUUCAUCCAUUUCUAACAAAGUGCAAUUUGCAUUCCCUCACUAGGAACCGAAAUGGCAAGUAGGUGACUUGUAUACUCCAGCAGAUGCUAUAGCUCAGGGACUCAAGACUCUUUCACUCAAUGAAAUUCGAGUCCUCUCCAGAACUAUUAGUGACUGGUUCAGGCGCCUUGAAGAUUGAAGACCCUAGACUUCAUACUGAAAGUUGAUUCACUACAAAGGCCAGAGUCAGCCCUAUAUAAUAUUUUGAGAGUUUGAGACUGAUAUCUAAAAUCUCCAUUCAUCUGAUAAUGAUCAAUGUGGAACAAGUAACUCUUUAACUUCUGUUUCAACUGAAUCAGCAAACUCUGAAUGUAUACAUGUAAAUUGUAAAUGCAUAUCUACUCAGGGGUGUAUAGUUACUUUGUUAUGAUUAAUGCUCUAAAGAGCCUGCAUUUCAGUUUUUUUUUUUUUGGGUUAAAUGAUGUAAAUAUUUUUGUUUCAUUGGCCGUUAAAUGAUAUUCUUUA